AUGUCUACCACGCACUGUGUUGAUAUACCCGAUGACGUUGAGGUAAGUUUUUUUUGGUUUAUGGUAAUUGUUGUUACCUUUGAUAUAUUUGUGUUUAAACAGAUAUUGAAGCGCAGAUUUUGCGGUCAUAAACAGCUGCUUAAAACUGUAACUUAAUCAAAAUCAACACUGAUUAAAAUUUAAAAGUUAACCAAUGUUGUGACAGUGUGGUGACUAACUUACAAUUGAAUUAAGAUGGCUGACUAAUUAGAGCUUUCUAAACGUUUUCUGCAAAGUUUAGUUUAAAGUUGUAAAAAUUGGAAACUUCCUUUUUCACAGAAAUAAUUGAUUACCUAGACUUUUUUGCGAUCUCAAUCUGUCGUUUUUAGUACAAUACCAGUUUGUUCCUUGUACCUAAUUGCUACAAAGAUGAUCUUAAAUCAGUUAUCAUUCCGAAAGGACUGAUCCAGGACAGAAUCCGACAACUGGCACGCGAAAUUCACGAGAAAAUUGGAGAUAAGGUAAAGUAAUCAACGAAUCGGGGUGGAUAAUUAGGAUGUUUUCACUUUAAGCUAUUAAUACUAUUCUACCCUAUAUGUUGAUAUAAAAAUCUAAUUUUUGCCGUUACAGCCAGUAACAUUACUAUGUGUCUUAAAAGGAUCGUACCGCUUCUUCACGACGUUGGUUGAUGAGUUAUCAGUAGCUAGACAUGAAUGUACGAAUCCUCUGACAGUCGACUUCAUCAGAGCCAAGAGUUACGAAGAUACGGAGUCUACAGGAAAGCUACAGAUCAUCGGAUUGUCAAGUAUGGAAGAGCUCAAGGGUCAGAACGUUCUGGUAAGUAUCUAGAGCCCGGACUAGCUAUUUUUAUAAAGUGUAAAGCUCUAACUAGCCUUGACGAUUGACACAUAUUAGUUUAGUCAUUGAGAUACUAAAUGUCAUCUUUCAGAUCGUAGAUGAUAUUGUGGACAGUGGCCUGACCAUGUCGCGUUUAGUAACUACGAUAAAGGAUUUGGGGGCCAAUACUGUGUGGACUGGACUGUUGCUAUCCAAGAGAUUGCCAAGGAAAGUGCAAGUUCAAGAAGACUUUGUAGCCUUCAGCAUCCCAGACAAAUUCAUCGUGGGCUUCGGAUUGGAUUACAAUCAGAAGUUCCGCGACCUCAACCACAUCUGCAUCAUGAGCGAAUCCGGGAUUCAGAAGUACAAGAAGUAG